AACCAACAGUAUACGGAACUUGUGCUAGCUUGUUCAUGGAGAUGGGAUAUUCUGCAUUGUCUUGGAAUAUUCUACAAAUAUCUUCUCUUUUGUUGUUGUUGUAUUUUCUUUGGGUGCACUGUGAUUAAAGUAAAAUCACAUUUAGUAUGGACAUGAAUGAGGUUGGUGUUGCAGAGCGUAAGGAGCAGAGAGUAUUGAGUAGCUGGUAUCCAUUACAGUUCAUCACCAAUUUCAUCAACAACAUUCAGGGGAUAAAACGAGUCUUUUUCUCUCCCGCUGUCUUGGAGAGCAGAGCUAAUCUACAUAAAGCUAUCGCGUCUAGGAUAAACACGUGGCAUCAUUUGGUUGGUGUUGUAAGCUCCCCGGGAGUUGCAAAUCUCUUGUGCUUUUUAGAAAGACAAUUGGGGGAUAGAGAGAGAGAGAGAGAGAGUUUGUUGGUCGGUGGUGCCGCGUUGGAAUAGUCGGGCUGUCAGCGGCGUCGUUUGACAGCCCGAUCUUCAACGCAAGGGAACCCAAGCCAGCUUGCUUGCUUGCUUUCCCAAUCUCUCUUGUUUCUUCCAUUAUUAUGUUUAUAUUGGCAUGAGAAAGAGAAGGAGAAGGAGAUUAAGAUUUUCAUCAUGGGUUCCUUGUCUGGAAUCCUUCAACGCCCUCUAAUCGCCGCCGCCGCUGUUGGCUUUGCUUCUUUUUCUUCCGACUUCUCCCUCAUACUGCCCUCUCACCAAUCCCAAUCCCAAUCCCAAUCCAACCACUCCUCCUCGGAUUUAUCUACUUCAACGACAACUUUGUCAUCGGACAUUUCGCUUUCUAAGCUCGCCGCAAGCCUCUCCUUUAUCUCCAGAAUUCAAGUACCUGUUCCCACCAUCAACUUGCCAAUUCCCAAUUCCCACUGCAAUUCCCUCUAUUCUUCGGUUGCAUCUUCCCCCGCUCUUCUUAAGCUCUAUCACUCUGCACACUUGGCCAAAGCGCCCAACCCAGCUGCAUGUAAACAUGACAUAAUAUCAUCAUCCACUUCCGUCCCUGACGUCUCCUACACAUGGCAUUUGCCUGAGCCAAAUGCUCUUGAUGUUUCCCGCACCUCUGAUUGUUCAUCUGCAAAGAUGCGGACUGUGGUCGUUUUGCUGGGAUGGUUAGGCGCGAAGCAAAAGCAUCUCAAGAGGUAUGCCGACUGGUAUACUUCCCAGGGGUUUCACGUCAUCACCUUUACUUUACCCAUGGCUGACAUUCUCAAAUACCAGCCUGGUGGUAAAGUCGAAGACCACAUUGACCUGCUUGUCACUCAUUUGGCUGAUUGGUUAGAAGAGGAGCAGGGAAAGAACCUGCUUUUUCAUACUUUCAGCAACACCGGAUGGUUAACGUAUGGUGUAAUGUUGGAGAAGUUCCAGAAGCAUGAUCCUUCUGUAAUGGGCAGGAUUCGGGGCUGCGUUGUGGAUUCCGCACCUGUUGCAGCACCUGACCCGCAGGUCUGGGCUUCUGGUUUCUCUGCAGCCUUACUGAAAAAGCAUAGUGUAGCAACGAAAGGAACCACAGACACUAGUGAGUUAGGGAUGGAUGCUUUGGUUGACAGCAAGGAAGUAGUGGCACCCAAACCUGCAGUAACUGAGGCAGCUUUGCUUUUAGUUUUGGAGAAGUUCUUUGAGGUGGUUUUGAAUCUUCCUACAGUGAACAGGAGGCUUUCUGAUGUUUUGGGCUUACUGUCAGCACGACAACCAAGCUGUCCGCAAUUAUAUAUCUACAGCUCUGCAGACAGAGUCAUUCCUGCAGGAUCUGUGGAGUCGUUCAUAAAACAACAGCGGAGGGCUGGACAUGAGGUUAGGGCUUGCAACUUUGUCUCGACACCUCAUGUUGAUCAUUUCAGAAAUGACCCGAAGCUGUAUACUUCUGAGCUAACUCACUUUCUGGAGGACUGUGUGCUUACUUGUUGCAAACAGUCUCGUUAACCUAAAUUAUUGAGCCACUGACCAUGACUCCAAUUCUUUUUCCUCCAAAAGUGUAUACGCUGUCCAAUUGAUUCAUCAGCGCUCAUUUUUUUGGUUGGUACUUUGUUGUUCACAUUGUAGAAGCAAAUAUACAAACUACAGGUUAUUCUCAUUAAUACAGAAGAGUCCCUCAACUUGAACUUUGAUUGCGUACCA